CGUCUGCUCCAUGUCCAUCUCUGCAGGCGGUGUUGGCUCUGCCCAAACUAGACUCGGCGGUGGAGGUGGAGGUGGAGAUGGAGGGCCUCCGCAGGGGGGGGGCUCUGGAUCAGCUCAACGCCCUGCUGCUGGUUCUCCAGUCCCCCCCUGAGCCUCCUCCAUCCCUGACACGAGCCACCAUUGGGCUGCAGCUGUGGAGGGAGCUGGCGGACGGGUUGGUGCUGGAGGCCACGGGCCUGAGGCAGACUCUGGGGAUGCCAGAGGUGAGGACCUGGUUGGAGAUCCUGCCGGAACCGCAGGAGGAGUCCAGCACAAAGAUCAAGAAGGAGAAGCCAGAGAAGAAAGGAGCGCCCCCGCCCAAGGAGGAGAAGAAGGGAGCGGGCGGCAGGGAGGACAAGAAGGGGACGCCCAGGUCCACCCCUGUGAAAGACAAACCUGCCGAUGUGAGGAACAUGAUAUGUUAACUAUCACACGUGUCCAUUCAGCAGAUGCGUUCAUUCAGGCACAACACCGUGUAAUGCUUGUGGACUGCCACAAGAGGGCAGCACACUGCAAAACAGCAACUGCACAACCAUAAAGCAGCUAAUAUGAAAAAAAAAAAAAAAAA